UAUAGUGAUUUAAACAAAAAUAAGAAAUUUCUUCUAUCUCCGUCACGGAAGAAUUUAUUAUAUUGUUAUUUGUUUAUUCAUACACCCAAGUGGUAUUUAAGUACACUUGUUAAUAUGUCUUCAUAUUUCGAAAGACAGAAGAGUCUGUUUAACACUUUAAAAGAUGCCGAAGAACAAUAUAGCUUUUCGAAAACAAACAAGGCCUCACCUAAUACAGAUUAUGGAGUUAUCGAUAGAAGUGCUUACAGAAAACUUAAAAAUGAAAUGAAGAAAUUUGUUGGAAAAGAGAGUAUAUUUAAACGACCAGAAGCAAAAUUACGGAAUUGUCUCUGUCCAAAAACAGUACCUGACCAUGUAAAGAAUCCUGAUAAAUGGGUUUAUUACUCAUUAUCAGAUGUGACUGCUGAACAAAUGUCAGAUGCCACCAACACCGCAACUGCGUUAGCACUGAUACGUGAAUUAGAAGAAAGAAAUAUUGAAAAACAUUCUAUGGAUGAAGAUUCACACGACAGUUUUGUAUUUAAGAAACCUCUCUUCAAAGCAUCCAAGACACUAAAGGUCAAACCUAUUGAAGAUGAUGAGAAGCCAACAAUUAAACAAACCAAAAUCAUAAUGCCAGAAUAUGUUGUUGGUGUUUCAAAGAAAAAAGAAAAGAAGAACAAAGUACAGAUAUCAAAUGACAACUCAGAUAGAACAAAGAAAGUAGAAUUAAAACUAAAUCAUCUCACAGACUUAGAUGAUGAAUCUGAAGUCUAAUUUUAUAAUAAAAAUAUUACUUCACA